AUGCUCUCCUCACUCCCCACUCUCCACCCCCCAUCCCCCCACACCCUCUGGUACGCCUCCCUCUCCGCCGGCCCCCCAUCCCAACCCCACCCCACCCCCACAACAACAGACCCGCACCAACCCCACCACGCCCACGCCCACCGCACCAACAACAACAACAACAACCCCCACCAACGCACCCACCUCUCCAUCCUCCGCGAGCACGAAACCGCCGUCCGCCACCGCAAAGCCAACAUCCGACGCUUCGGCGCCGGCUGGCUGCGCCCGCCGGGCGUCGGCAAGACGCUGCAGGGCAUGGCGGACGAGCGGGCGGAGCGGGAAGAGGGGGAGGUGGCGCGGGCAAGGGAGUAUGCGCUUGCGGAAGCGCAGGCGGCGGCGGCGGCGGAAGCGGAGGCGGUGGAGGUUGUGCCUGGGGAGGAGGGGGAGGGGGAGAGGGAUUUGGAUGAGGAGGUGCCGGAUGCGGAUGCGGAUGCGGAUGUUGAGGGAGAGGGGGGGUGGAGCGAUGCGGAGGAGGAUGAGGAGGAGGGGUUGGAGGGGGCGGAACAGACUUUGCUUGAGGAGGGGGAGGGGAGGGGGGAUGGGGAUGGGGAUUUGGAUGAGGAGGUGCCGGAGGCGGAGGAGGGGAGUUAUGAGCAUACGGAUACGGAGGUCGAGGAUGAGAGUAGUGAUGAUGGGGGGCUUGUGAGAGGGGGAUUUGGGAAUGGAGGGCGGGGAUUGGUGCUGGGGGCUAAUGGGGGAGGGGUGUUGGGGAGUAGUGUAUUUGGAAGCAGUCCUGUUAGGACGGGGAGGAGGAGUAGUGGGAGGGGGAGGGGACGAGAGAAUUGA